AUGAUCCAGACCGAUCGCCUGUAUUCCGCGGAUGACUUGUACAUGCUUUGGCAGGGUGAAGACGAACCCCUUCGGGAGUAUGCAGCCCGGUUCAGCCAUGAGUACUCCCGUUGCCCGGAGACUAACGAUCAUGCUGCUUUCAGUGCCUUUAAGAGUGGCCUCCGCGAGUCCAACUUCCGCUACCUGGUCCACAGCAACUCUUGGAACACAUAUGCGGAGCUAAUUAAGUAG